AUGUGGAGAUUCUUUGAGAGACAAAGACGGUUACGUCCUGGUACUAAUCUAGAGUCACUGCGUCGCGAUAUCGAAACAGACGUUCACCUCCAACCAACGGAAGAUUUAUUGCAAAGCCUAGGAACUAACGCGGCCCAUGGCCUGUCCACGUCUAUUGCACGCGAUCUACUAAACAAAAGCGGUCUAAAUGCGUUGACACCACCAAGAAAGACUUCGAGCGUCUUAAAGUUUUUACAUCGAAGUUUUGGAGGAUUUUCUUUAUUGAUAUGGACAGGCGCCCUAUUAUGUUUCUGCAACUACUUCCUGGAGUACAGCACCUACGGCGAUGCCUCUAACGAGCACCUUGGACUCGGUAUUGUCCUUGUGGUGCUGAUCCUGGUCACAGCGAUGUUCAGCCACUAUCAGGAGUCGAAAAGCUCGCGGAUCAUGGAAUCGUUUCAGCAAAUGUUGCCUCAAAAGACGAAGGUGCUGAGGAACGGCGAAAAGAAGGAACUGUGCGUGGCCGAAUUAGUCGUUGGGGACAUUGUCCUUUUGGAAACCGGUGACCGAGUACCCGCUGACAUUAGGAUCCUGGAAUGUCAAGGUCUCAAGGUCGACAAUGCUUCGAUCACCGGAGAAUCGAUUCCGCUCUUAAGAACGGCCAACGUUCAUCCUGAGAGCAGCGUGAUGGAAGCCAAGAACAUGGUAUUCUUCUCGACCGACAUAGUCGAAGGCAGCGGAAAAGGAGUCGUGGUUGCUCGCGGUGACCAAACCGUGAUGGGCAGAGUUGCCAAACUGACUGCUAAACUGGCACCAAGACCAACGCCGCUUUCACGGGAGAUUCAUCGAUUUAUGAAACUGAUAUCGUGCUGGGCCAUUUUCCUAGGAGUGCUGUUCUUCGCGCUGUCAAAGGCUAUGGGCUACAGCUGGAUCAAUUCGAUAGGGUUCCUGAUCGGCAUAAUAGUCGCCAAUGUUCCGGAGGGACUGGUGGCCACCAUGACUGUCAGCCUCACUCUCACAGCCAACAAGAUGGCGAGCAAAAAUUGCCUGGUGAAGCAUCUGGAGGCUAUCGAGACUCUAGGGUGCACUGCUGUCAUUUGCAGCGACAAAACUGGAACGCUCACUCAGAAUAAGAUGACUGUCAAACACAUGUGGUACGACGGUGAAUUGCGAGAGAUAAUGAUUUCUGACACGUGGAGAAAAUACAUUAAGAAUACCGGAUUUCAUAACUUGGCCAGGGUGGCUAGCCUUUGUAAUCGGGCCGAAUGGGAGCCUUUGGCUAAAAAUAUGCCCGUGCCACCUUUGAGCAAAAGGAAAAUUUUAGGCGACGCUUCUGACGCUGCUUUAUUAAAAUGUAUGGAAGUCCUCGUGAAAGGCGGUGCAGAUGCAUACAGAAAAAGCUGCACAAAGGUGUUCGAAAUACCAUUCAAUUCGACGGACAAGUUCCAGGCCAACAUCUAUAUGUGUGGUAGGAAGCACGUUCUCUUCAUGAAGGGUGCACCAGAAAGAGUUUUGGAACGGUGUACCAGCGUGGCGUUUGAUAACGAGACAAGGAAACUGGAUGACGAAACCAAAAAUGCUUAUACGGAAUCUUGUUAUGUUCUUGCAAAUAAUGGCGAACGUGUUCUUGGCUUUGCUGACCUCACUCUCCCUAUCUCUUCCUUCCCGCCUGGUUACGCCUUCAAGGAAGAUCCUCCAAACUUUCCUCUUCGUAACCUGAGACUGAUCGGGUUGAUGUCGAUGAUGGAUCCGCCGAGGCCAACGGUGCCAGACGCGGUGUACAAAUGCCGUUGCGCCGGAAUCAAGGUGAUCAUGGUGACUGGUGAUCACCCUGACACAGCAAGAGCAAUCGCGAAGUACGUGGGCAUCAUCACCGACGACUUGAGAACACACAAUGAGAACAACAAUGGGAAGAAACGUUCCAUCGUGGUGACGGGGAUGGAGCUUAAGGAGUUAGAACCGGAGCAGCUGGACCGUAUCAUUAGGCAGUAUCCAGAGAUUGUUUUCGCUAGAACAUCACCUGUGCAGAAGCUUCGGAUCGUGGAGAGUUGUCAACGACUUCAUCUGAUCACCGCGGUCACUGGCGAUGGUGUCAAUGACUCGCCGGCAUUGAAGAAGGCCGAUAUUGGUAUCGCUAUGGGGAUUGCUGGGUCAGACGUGAGCAAAGAAGUGGCAGACAUGAUUCUACUGAACGACGACUUUUCGUCGAUCGUGACGGGGAUCGAGGAAGGCCGAAGAGUGUUUGACAACUUGAAAUCGAGUAUAGCGUACACUCUAGCCAGCAAUGUCCCAGAAAUUACACCUUUCCUGGCAUUUAUAGUGCUCGGGAUCCCUCUGCCCGUAGGCGUCAUUUGCAUUCUGUGCAUAGAUCUUGGUACGGACAUGUGGCCAGCUGUUUCGCUGGCUUACGAGAAAUCUGAGUCAGACAUCAUGCUCAGGAAACCGAGGAUACCGCUCAAAGAUCACCUUGUCAGCCACCGAUUAAUUUUCAUGGCCUACGGACAGAUCGGCAUAAUCGAGGCCUGCGCUGGUUUCUUCACGUACUUCGUGGUGAUGGCAGAGCACGGAUUCCUGCCAAGCAGACUGCUAGACCUGCGUCCCGCGUGGGACAGCAUAGUCGUGAACGACUUGCAAGACAGUUUCGGCCAGGAAUGGACGUAUGAGCAACGCAAGAUCCUCGAAUAUACCUGCCACACCGCUUUCUUUGUCAGCAUAGUGAUCGUUCAGGUAGCCGACGUUAUGAUCUGCAAAACUCGUCGCAAUUCUCUCUUCCACCAAGGCAUGAACAACUGGGUACUGAAUUUUGGGAUAGUCUUCGAGAUAAUAGUAGCCUGCGUCGUUUGUUAUGCUCCUUACAUGGACGAAAUCCUCAGAACCUAUCCAUUGAUCCUAGAGUGGUGGCUGCCAGGUGUCCCAUACGCCGUGAUCAUCCUAACCUACGACGAACUUAGGAAGCUCUGGAUCAGAAGGAAUCCUGGAGGAUGGUGGGAUCGCGAAACUUGCUAUUAGACUCACGAAAUGGACAUACUUCUGUGCACUGGGACCUGCAACUGUACAACAGAGAAAUUCAGGAAUGCAUUUAGAUGGGGCACCUGGUACUGGACGAUAUAAAUAAAACAUUAGGCGAAAGAGGAUAUAUGAAAAGUCCAUUGAAGUCUCG